AGUAACGACACACGGACGUUGACCCUUCCUCCCUGCAUUUGGAGGAAGGCGACUGACGGUGUAGCAGCAAGGAGCUUCUGACCUCUGCGUUUGAGAAAAUACCUCAAUUUAAACUAUUCCCUUUAGACUUAAAUUCACUCGACUAUUCUGUUGUGAUAGCGUUAAUAUUUGAGGAAGACUUUAACAUAUUCCAUUAGUACUGAUUUGAACCAAAAAGCGACUGAAGACACUUUGGACUCGUUCUUCUAGGUGAUCAGGAUGAUGACCAAGGGACACGAUUCACACUCUGAGAUGGCCCGCUCUCGUUUGAAUGACUGUAUCAGUGUAAUCUUUGACCAGGACAGCCUGCCCUGCUCCACCUCCCCCCACGCCCGUUCUCGCUCCCGAUCCAGAAGCAGCAGUGUCAGCAGCCGCUCUUCUGGUCCUAGCCGCAGAUCUCGUGACCUCUACAGGGGACGCCACAGGUCUUCGUCCAGCUGUUCCUCUUCAUCCAGCAACAGUUCUCCCUCUCGUCCCAGGUCUCGCUCUCACCCUCGUUGCCAUAGGCCCUCUUCCCGCUGUCGCUGUAGCGGCCAUUACAGAUAUAGCCAUGGUCAUCGGCGCCACCGCUCCCCACCUCGCCGCUACAGGGCCCACUCUCGCUCCUACAGCCGCUCAGCUUCGCCAGACAGGUCCUCACGUCAUAGAAGCCAUAGGUCCCGCUCCAGGUCUGCAAGCCACCGGAGGACACACAGGAGAUUUGUGGGACGCUACAGGUGCAAGGUUUCUCGUUCCCCUUCCAGAACUUCCAAGACCUACAGGAGCCGCUCCAGGUCCAGAUCUUCAGGAAACUCCGUCAGCUUGAGCUUGGAUGAUAAAAGGGAACUUCUGAGAGCUGCGAAAGCCAAUGCCAGUAAGAUCCUUGGAGUGGAACAGGUGGAGCUUCCAGAAAGUGUGAAAUCCAUCCUGGAGGAGCAAACGCUGAAGUCUAAACCAGCCACACAAGAACCAGAGGCACGGGUGAGACCAGAGCCAGUUCCUGAAAAGACUCCAUCACAGAGCAGUGAGAUGGACCCUGAUGAGGAUGCCCCCAGUCCAAAGAUGUCCCCUAAGAGGAAAAUCAUCUCUUUCAGCAUUCAUAACUCAGUGGCAAAGCCGACAGUGGCAGCUCCAUCUUGUGCUAAGGUAACCCCCAGAGUGGACAGCAUUGAAAGCAGGAAGCCUUAUGGCCACUGGGUGCCUGUCAGAAGAUCAGGCCAAACCUCCCUGCCACGCAAACAUACACUCACCACAUCACACUAAUGUGGCAGAGUACAUGGACACUUGCAAUACUGUAAAUAGCUUGUACAUAGCAGGACUGUGAUUUCAUGGCAGAUAUUUUCUUGCAGAUGUAAAAGGGAGUUAAGUGCGAAGAAGAUUUGGAAGAUGUCGCUCAGGUGGGAUUUUUUUCCCCUUUUGUUGUGUAUUGUGAUACUCAGAAGUUAAAUAAAUAUUAUUUAUUUAAA